GCGGUCCGAACUUUUCUCUCCUUCUCUCCGGUUCUUUCCGCUUUUUGUUGCGUUUCUGCUGUAAAAGUUCGGAGUUUCGGAAGGAGAACAGCUCGAGUCCCGCUGUGUGUGUGUGGAAAACGCGUGUGUGCGGUGUUUUGUAUGAGUUUGGAGCAGAAGAAGGGGAACAAUGCGGGAUUGUGUUGGCUGGAAUUGAAGGGAGUGAGGAGUGGAAUGGUGGGCUCUCAGAAACACUCCGAACACAAACCAGCUCCAGACCUCCAGACGCCGAUGCCAUGAAGCUGAACCCGAAACAAGCGCCGCUAUACGGUGAGUGUGUGUUGACGGUGCAGCUGAACGAGGAGGAGUGUGUGAACAAGGAUGAGGACGACGUGGAGUUCUACCUGCUCUUCUCCGGCAGCACACAGAGACACCUGACCAGCACACUGAGAGUCAGUCAUGUUACCCUACAGGCCGUGUGUCCAGCGCACGACCGCGACGAGACGGUCCGGGUCACGCUGUGCCAGGCUCGACCCGGCGGUCCCGUGGAUCAGGUGGCAGAGGAACGUUUCCAGUAUGUCCACGACCUGGCGCUGGACAUGGCGCAUUUCCUGGUUAAAGCCGCGGCGCGUGGGGACGGCCUGGAGGCGGCGCUGCUGUUCGACGACUCUCACGCCUCGUCACAGGAGAGGCUGGACGAGGCGCUAACGCUAGCACUUAAACACCUGCCGCUGCCGUCCGGGUGGAGCGUGCUGGGCACGGACGUCAGCACACACUCCGGCGCAGAUUUGAGUCCUCAUGACACCCUCCUGCACUUUGCCGCUCGGCGGGGGCUGCGGAAGGUGGCUUUGUUUCUCCUGCAGCAGCCCGGAGGACGAGACGCCCUGCAGCUGGUUAAUAAGUACGGUUACACCCCGGUGACCCUGGCAGAGAGAAGAGGGCACACGCAACUCCGAAACCUCCUCUCAGAGCUGGAGAAGUCGCCGCGCCUCGAAACAAAGCCUCAGAAGCGGUGUUACCCAGCAGGCCCGGCGUUCCUGCACCACCCGAGGCUCGACACCUACACGCUGACGGUGCAGAACGAGCCGGGCGCGGAUCCUCCCGACCUGAAACGAGACGUCAAGAAGCUCAGGCGCCACAUUCGGUCCCAACGGAGCGACAAGGGAGGUUCUGUGAAACACUCGGUUCCUCUCAUCCUCACCCCACAUCUGGGCGACGUUCCGCCGGCCGUAGCGACUCCCGCUAAAGGACUCUCGGUUACCAAAGCACAGACGUCUCAACAACAGGAAGUUACGACCCACAGAGAGAAGCGCACGCUGGAUCCCACCCUCAGCGACUCUCUGCGCUCUGGGUCCGAGCCGCACCCGUGCCCCAACGGUACCGACCGGUCAGCCUCGGGCGAUCAGGGCGCGGGUGAUCGGGACGGUCCCGGGGGUUCUGAUGGAACACGUGAGGACUGUGUGAGUGUGAGCGGCGCUUCCUGUGCAGAGCAGCAGCAGGAGGAAGUAGAUAAAGAGCCGAGUAUAAUCAGAGCCGAGCGGGCGGCGGCGGGGGACGAGGAGCGCAAUAAAAUCCAAUCUGGCAACACGCCGGAGGGAAGUAUGGGUCAGACGCAAAGCCAUCCUGAAGGAACCCCCGAGAAAGGAGGAACUAGCGAGGAGUCACGGGAGGAACGGGGAGGAACGCGCCCCAGCAGGCUGGAGAUCUCGCCCAGCGUGGACGUGCGGCCACCAGCGGGGGACGGAAAACCGCCGGGCAGCGAGCAGGACUCCAGUCCGGCUCUAAAUUUGGACGUCGAAGCUUGUAGAGCUAGUGAAGAACGUUCCAGCGGCCGAGAGGAAACAGGAAACCACAGCGAGCGGUCUGAGAACACCACGCCGGGUGGAGAUAUCAGCAACGAAGAAACGUCGGCUUCUGAUCCAGCGUUGGCGCUCAAUAUGGCACCAGGACCGGUCCACCACGUCCACCUUGAACCGUCAGCGCUCGAUCAGCAAUCACACAUGGACGUUCCUGGAGAAAAGCCGUCCAAUCACCAAGAGGGGGCCAUGAAAAGCUCUGAAACUCCUGAUAAGAUCGCUGACUCGGUUCCUGAUGUUCCUCUGGUUGAGGAACGUCCUGAAGAAACCGGCGAACUGACUUCUCCUUCUGAAGAUCAGACUCCUGCACCACAGUCUGUAAAGUCCACAGACGGAAGUUCUGCAGAACCGAGAGCGGAUUUCCAGCCUGCAGGAGGUCAGGAACCUCCAUCUCGAGACCUUCCUCAGUCACACCGUGGAGAUAAUCAAGAUGAUGAAGCGUUCCUUGGGCGUAUCGAGUCAUCCAGAACCGAGCUUUUGAAGGAUACUCGGAUGGUAGACGAGCAGACGGGUCCGAUUGUCUCUCCAAAGCUGGAUGAAUCCGGUUCCUCACCCGAUGAAGCAGGAUCUGGUUCUUCUGGCCCUCAAAGCACCGAGAGCCCUGAGGAGAACUUACCGGUGGAGUCGAAGCCCCUCGAGGAGUCCGAGAUCUCCGAAAUGGCGACGCUCCUGAGUCAGAUGCGCUUAAACUCGCCUUCUGCGUCCAUCACCUCAGACGCCGGAGGGUCAGGUGGGAAAAUCUGCACCAUGGCGUUUGAGUUCUCCGAAGCACCAAGCGCCGGAGAUGCCCCAAAGCUUCCAGACGCCAAAAAUACAGAGGAAAAGGGUCUGGAAGUGGAACCAGGACCAGAAAUGACUCCGUUAUCCAAAGAUCCAGAUGAGAUUGAGGAGAAGAACGUGGCUUCAGAGCUUGAGAAGGAUCAAACAAGCUUAGAAGCAUCUAAACCACCUUUGGAAUCAUCGGUGGAGUCUGUUCCUGAAGAAAACAUCUCUGGAGCAUCUCUCAAGGUCAACUGGUCGAGGUCAACUGUUGAGGAGAACGUUGAGGAAACAUCUGAUGAUCCUCAUCCUGAGCGGCCAACCUCAGAGGAGAACGUCAGUGGAACAUCUGCCACAAAUUCUCAAGAGGAGUCAGUUGAGGAAGCAUCUCGCGACCAACGGCCAAAGAUCAUCGUCACUAGGGAAACCGUUACGAAAACGUUUCUCCAUCCAAGUUCUGAAAAUCCAGUCCAUCAGGAGAACGUACAAGGAACAUCUCCCAACAAACGACCUGAAGUCAACGAGGAUACGGAACCUACUGGAGAUACCGCAACCGUUGAGGAGAAACCUCUUGAAGACUUGACCUCUAUGGAGAACCUCACAGGAACAUCUUGUGACCCAAAACCAGAGGUCAGCUCCUCAGAGGAAGCCGUUGGAGAAACAUCUCUCGACAAACAACCUGAUGUCAACGAGGACAUGGAACCUACUGGAGAUACCACAACCGUUGAGGAGAAACCUGAAGGAACGCCGUGUGAGCUAGCUCUUGAAGGCCUCACAGGAACAUCCUGUGACCCAAAACUGGAGGUCAGCACCUCAGAGAAAGCCAUUGGAGAAACAUCUCUCGACAAACAACCUGAUGUCAAUAAGGCUAUGGAACCUACUGGAGAUACCACAACCGUUGAGGAGAAACCUCUUGAAGACUUGACCUCUAUGGAGAACCUCACAGGAACAUCCUGUGACCCAAAACUGGAGGUCAGCACCUCAGAGAAAGCCAUUGGAGAAACAUCUCUCGACAAACAACCUGAUGUCAAUAAGGCUAUGGAACCUACUGGAGAUACCACAACCGUUGAGGAGAAACCUGAAGGAACGCCGUGUGAGCUAGCUCUUGAAGGCCUCACAGGAACAUCCUGUGACCCAAAACUGGAGGUCAGCACCUCAGAGAAAGCCAUUGGAGAAACAUCUCUCGACAAACAACCUAAAGUCAGCGAGGAUAUGGAACCUACUGAAGAUACCGCAACCAUUAAGGAGAAACCUGAAGGAACGGCAUGUGAGCUAGCUCUUAAAGGCCUCACAGGAACAUCCUGCAACCCAAAACUGGAGGUCAGCAGCUCAGAGGAAGCUGCUGGAGAAACAUCUCUUGACCCACAACCUGACAGCUCCACCUCUGAGGAGAUAGCACCACGUGAUCUUCAACUUGACGUCCCAGACGUUGCUGAAACAUCUCAAGAGCACGACGUUGAGGACGCGUCCUCUGAAAGGACCUUCGCUGAAGCGCCUCCUGAUUUUCAAACCGACCACACAGACUCUAAUGAAGAUCUCCAGACCGACCUGGACACGCCCGUCUCGGUUUUAAACAUCUCCAGUGAUGUUUCCAGCAUCUCCACCCAGCCGGUGGACGUGAGCUCCCCUUUGGAUUUAGAGAGCGGUACUACUCUGGAUGUGGAUGCCGGCUCCUCCGUGGAGGUGGACAGCGGUCUGGUCCAGGACCUUCCACCUGCGGAGGCUGGAGGACCGGAAGCUUGUGGAACCCUGGACGAGGAGGAGAAGCUAACAGAGCAGGAGCGUGAGGAGAAACCGGACGAGGAACCAAUAAAAGAUGAAGCUGCUGGUUCAGACGCUGUGCUAACACCGAUGGAUCCGACCGAGAUCCGGCGAGAUUCGGAGGUGCUGUACUCCCUGGAUUCUGACAUGAAGGACCAGGCGGGCGCAGGAGACACCUGUACAGGUGGUUCUGGGAGGAGUGUGUGCAGGUCCGUAUCAGCCAGUUCACUUCCUGACUCAGUCAGUGAUGGAGACUCACUGCUGGGACCGGACACGCCCGACCACGGAUUCAAGCAGAGUGACGACACCUCCACGCUCACCAGCGGCGUUUCGGUGGGCGGAUCCAUUUCCACCGACGACUCGUCCGUGGCUCCGCCCGCAGGAGAACCCGAGGAGGAGGAAACCAAAGACGGACUGAGCGAGGUCCUCCAGCGCGCCGUGGUCCUCCGCCCCCCCGGCCGCUCGCUCUCUCCGGCACGGAGACACAGCUGGGAGCCCGCCAAGGACCGAACCGGGGACUCCGGGGACGUCCUGGGCCAGCGCAGUGUGGGACAAAGUGAGGAGGGAGAAAAGGCCGCGAGUCACAGGAGAAGUAUGAGCUGGUGCCCGUCAGACCUUCCUCAACCUCACGUGGAGGAGAUGAACACCAGGAGUUACAGUCUGGACGGUUUGGACGACGAGCAGCCGGAGAAGAAUUCGGCUGACGGGCGCUCGGCUCGGUCCGGGAUGGAGAGAGAAGAUCGCGGAUCUCUGGCGUCUCUCACCGAGGAGGAGCGUGAGGACAACAUGGGGGAGAACAGCAGCCUGGACAGUCAGAGGUCCGUCCAGGAUGUGAGAGGCGCUUUCGUUCCCCCGCACACCCUCACCAAAUCUGUGUCCAUGUCGGCCAUCAGUCCCAGAGAUCUGGAUGAUUUGGGAUCAUUGAUGAGUGUGUCAGGGUCUCUGGAGCGCUGUAUAUCGGAGGAGGAUCCGGCUCCGUUACGAACCGACACCGAGAUCAAGGGGACCAAAGUGAGCCGAACCUUCAGCUACCUGAAGAACAAGAUCAAGAAGAAGGAGAAGGAUCGGGAUAAGAACAAGGAUGGUAAAGAGAAGGAGAAGAGGAGCUCCUCUGGGCACCUGUUUAGCUCCGCCCCCGCCCCGCCCACCAGCACCUGCGCACAGUGUAACCGACCAAUUGGCUCCAAGGAUGCUCUCACCUGCACGAACUGCAGCGUUUGUGUGCAUAAAGGCUGCAGGGACGGGCUGCCCGUGUGCGCCAAAGUGAAAAUGAAGCUGCAGCAGCAGCAGCCGCAGACGGUUCCAGAUUCGGCCGCAUUUCCGGGACCUGCAGCCAGGGGGAAACCGGCGUCGGCGCGGGACCGCCCCUGGUCGACCAUCUUGGUUCCUGAGGACCCAGGAGCCCCUCCCGUCCCCCCGCCCCGGAGAAAUCCCGCCGUCAUGUCGUUUCCCAGCAACCCUCUGUCCAAGAGCAUCUCCAUCAGCAACAUCGCGGGGCAAGCGGACGACGCCCCGCUGAAGACGCUGAAGUUUCUCUCUCAGUCCACCGACUCGCUGAACAAACUGUGCAGAGUGAACGAAUCCACCGAGUCUCUGGCAGACGAAGGUACGGAGCUGACGGACGUUCACCUGAUGGCCGAGUUCGAGGCCGACGCGAGAGACCUGGAGGCCGAUUCCUGGAGCUUAACGGUGGACAAGAAGUUCCUCAAACAGCUGAAGAAAGACGUGAUCAAGAGGCAGGACGUCAUCUACGAGCUGAUCCAGACCGAGCUGCACCACGUGCGGACCCUGAGGAUCAUGGCGGACGUGUACAGCAGAGGCCUGCAGAAGGAGGUGCAGGUGGAGGUGCAGACGCUGGACAAGAUGUUUCCGGUGCUGGACGACCUGCUGGAGCUUCACACCCAGUUCCUCAGCAGGCUGCUGGAGAGGAGGAGGACGAGCGGAGAGGGGAACGAGGGAGGGUUCGUCAUCCGCAGGAUCGGGGACGUGGUGCUGGAUCAGGUGACGGGUUCGAACGCCGAGAGGAUGAAGAAGGUUUACGGUAAAUUCUGCAGCCGCCACAACGAAGCUGUGAACAUCUACAAGGAGCUCCACGCCCGGGACAAGCGCUUCCAAGCUUUCAUCAAGAAGAUGAUGAGCAGUGCGGUUGUACGGAGGCAUAGUAUUCCCGAGUGUAUCCUGUUAGUAACGCAACGCCUCACCAAGUAUCCUGUUCUGCUCCAGCGAAUCCUCCAGCACACCCGGGACCCGGAGGAGGAGCAGGCGGACGUAGCCGAGGCCCUGAGGCAGGUGAAGGAGGUGAUAACGGGCGUGGAGUCUAAAGUGAACGAGUACGAGAAGAGGAGGCGGCUGAAGGAGGUGUACAGUCGCACCGACAGCAAGUCCAUCAUGAGGAUGAAGAGCGGUCAGAUGUUCGCCCGGGAGGACCUGAUCAGGAGGAAGCUGGUGCACGACGGACCGCUGCAGGUCAAGAACGCCGCCGGGCGACUCAAAGAUGUUCAGGCUCUGUUACUCUCAGACGUGUUGGUGUUCCUGCAGGAAAAGGAUCAGAAAUUCGUCUUCGCCUCACUGGACCAGCGCUCGACGGUCAUCUCCCUGCAGAAGCUAAUCGUACGUGAGGUGGCUAACGAGGAGCGCGGUCUGUUCUUCAUCACGGCGGGGAUCGAGCGGCCGGAGAUGGUGGAGGGUCACGUGGGUUCUAAAGAGGAGAGGAACACGUGGAUGCAGCUCAUACAGGACGCCACCAACUCCAUAGAAAAGGACGAUGAUGAGGGACUCCCGAGCGAAAACGAGGAAGAUAAGAGGAUGCAGGAGAGCCGGGCCAAAGAAAUGAGAGAUCAGCUGCAGAAGAAGGACCAGCAGAUCGUGGCGCUGCUGGAGGACAAAGUUCGACUGUUCCACGAGCUGUGCGAUUGUUCUAACCAGGACGACGUGGCCGCCGUCCGGAACCGGGCGAUGUUCAGGGCCACGCCCGAUGAUGUCACCAGAGGAGAGCCAAUCAUCAGAGACGCUGUGAAGGAAGUUGAGACGUUACAGGAGCUGGUGACCCACGGUUUGGUGGGACAGCAGGCGUGUGUAGGACCGGACGGUUCGAGUGUGUGUGCAGGAUCUGUGAGUUUACCACGAAGAUCUGAAACGUUCGGGGGAUUCGACAGUCACCAGAUGAACGUCUCAAAGAGCGGAGAUCGGGAGGAAACUGACGACCUGAGAAGAACCGAAUCUGACGGCGUUCUCAAGAAGGGCGGCAGUGCCAACCUACUGCUGUUACACAAGAGGAAUAUUGAGCAGGUUCUCCAAAGUGUUUCCCGCCUUCAUGACCUGCUCAGCACCUUACAGGCGGUGGUGGUGCAGCAGGACACGUUCAUCGAGGAGCAGCGUCAGACCUCCCCAUCACUCCGCCACCCCUCCAUCUCCUCCUCGUCCUCCUCCUUCUCCUCGUCCUCCUCCUCCCUGUCGUCACGGCCGAGCUCCCUGAUGGAGCAGGAGAAGCAGAGGCAGGAGGAGAAACAGAGGGAGGAGGAGAGGAGGAGGAAGGAGGAGGAAGAGAGGAGGAGGAAGGGGGAGGACGACGAGAGGAGGAGACGGGAGGAGGAGCUGGCCAGGAGGGAGGAGCGACUGAUGGCUGUGGAGGAGGAGAACCGGAGGAGGAGCGAGGUCAUGCAGCAGGAGCAGCAGGAACUCGGUAACAGGAAGGAGGAGUACCAGAGGGAGCUGCUGAAGCUCCGGGACGAUCAGAGGAGGCUGGAGAGGGAGCGAGAGCAGCUCAGUGUUCAGCACAUACAGCAGGAGGAGGCCGAGAGGCGACAGCGCGCCUCCUCCACCGCCUCCGAGGACUCCCUGAAGCUCCAGAACCUGGCGGAGGCACCUGAGGGAGCGGAGGUGUUCUCUCGCGCCGACUCCAAACGGAAAGCCAAGAACCUGAACCCCUUCUCCUCCAGCGCUGGUCAGAAGGGCGGCGCCACCGAGCAGCACAGCCAGAUCCCCGCCCGCCUACUGCAGCUAACCAAACCCAAAGAGAAGAAGGAGAAGAAGAAGAAGAAAGGAAAGGGAAAGACCUCAGAAUCGGCGGGUGAGACGCCUCUCGAACCCUCAGCAGACGGAGAGGUCUUCUGCUGACCACGCCCCUCCACAUCUUCUGCUGACCCCGCCCCUCCACGGCCUUCACUUCACUGCGACGCUGUGUGGGCGGAGCCUCCGCGUUCUCCUGCUCAGAUCUGCGUCCGCGUGGGCGGCACGGCUGGCGCUUCCACGGCUGGGGGAGAUCACACACACACACACACACACACACACACACACACACACACACACACACACCUCUGUACACACAUCAGCACCUGGGAAUUUUGUUGUGUGGGUUCAUGAGUUGGCAUCAGUGCACGUGGGCACUUUUGGGCACUUUUUUUUUUUAUUUAGUUGUCUUCAAUUUUUUGGGAGAGGGGGGAAGCGCUCCGGCUGUGGGAGGCCGACGCCCGUGGACCCUCAGGACUUUGGGAGGAAAUCAGCUUUCAGUGAAGGAUCCAUUGAUAAUCGACUAAUGAUACUAACGAACGUACUGACAAUCAGCACAUCACCACGGCGACGUGGGAACUCGCUCCAUCAGACUUUCCGGCCGUUCGUUCCUGCUCUCGCACCUCCAGACGUCCAGAGAGACUUCAUCAUCUCUUCUUUUAAUUAUUAUUGUUUUAUUUAAGCAUAUCCAAACCCCGAACCCGACCGAGGAGGGUCGUACCUGACACACGCCCCCUCCGACACGCGUGCAGUAAACACAGAGUCACGCACUGCUCUCCGUUAUUCACCGUCUCCCUGCAGUACUUCCACCAGCCAGCAGAGGCCGCUAUUGCAGCAGUAAUGAGGAAUCCCUUCGACCCGCCCACCCGGCAUACGUCAGCCAAUCGUGUUUGUGUGGGCGCCCGGUUGGCUGGUAGCACAGCUGAUUUCUCCACACAAAGAAGCAACAAAUCCAAAUGAUUGACAAUCCGGUCGCGCCAAAUCGGAGCCCCUGUGCAGACGCCUCGACCAACCAGCAGAGGGCGCACUCGCACCAGAGUCAUUCAACCUCUCCCUAAAUACACACAGCCGGUCGUGUGUCUGUGUAGGCGCCCCGCCGGCUGAUUGCAGAGCGAAAAAAAUGAAUGACGUGCAUCAAUACACAUCGAUUACAGUCGGGUCCAGCAGAAAAUCCCUCGUUCCAAAUGAAUCAUAUCCUAUUCCACCGGGACUCUGGCGCCCCCUGCUGCUUGUGCGACGCAGUCACUUUUCUCUCAGCCUGAUGAACGUGUUGAAAUCAGAGGCAGAUGUGAUGAGGGAAACAUGCCAGUAGGUGGAUUUGCACUGAAAAAGUGUGACCUUGAAUGUACGUGAUUUGAAAAUCCACAAUAUCUCCAUAAUAUCUAGUCAUAUCCAAUUCCCUGAUGGUAUUUCUCUGAGGACACCUGUCCAGUUUAGACUUUAGACUUUCUUUUUUUAAAUUGGAGAUCCGUAUCGUGCACGGAGAGUCAGGCUCUGUGCAGCACCGUCGAUCAGCCAGCAGAGGGCGUGACUGUGUUUGAAUCUAAUGAACUGAAUGUAAGCUUCAUCACUGCACAGAGCUGAUUGAUUUGAUUUUAUUGUCAUUUAAUUCUUUCCUCUUUUUUUAAUCCGUUCUGAUCCUCCCGUGUUCUGUAAAACGCACACGAGAAAACGAGCGGCGUGAUCGGGAACCGUUAAGAGAAACGGACGUUAUUUUGACGUGUAGACGGACGUUAUCUCCGUGGGUUUGAUUUGAUUUGAUUUCAGCACUUUAUGGAUCGUAUUUGGGUUGAAACGUGCAGCUUCCAUUUCAGACAAUCAGUGGGUUCGGCGGUUCGAGAGGAAGCGUCCACACGGGCGCCUGAACGUUCUGUAACCAAACGCUCUUGUUUUUGUUUAUUUUGUUUAUUUUGUUUAUUUUGGAUGAAGCUACCAAAGUGGAGUUUGGAUUUUUGUGCUUUUUUUGUAAAUUAAAUAACGAAUAUUUAAACAAUCUGGAUUUUUUAAUCAUUCUGGGGUUUAACGACUGAGCGAGAGAGAAGAAGAGGAGGAGGAGGAUGGAACCUGGAUCAGUGAAGGAUUUUGGAUCUAGUCUAGCACACCGUGUCGUGUGGUCAAAAGUAUCGGGACGCCCUUUCUAAUGACUGAAUUCAUGUGUUUCAGCCACAACAGUUGCUAACAGGUAAGGAAAUGGCAUCAGCAACAGUUUAGGGAAGCCCUGACCUCAACUCCACUGAACAGCACUUGUAGCCUAGCCUAGUACUAGGUAAGGUACUGGACUAGUAAUCGAAAGGUUGCUGGUUUACGCCCCACCACUGCCAAAUUACCACUGUUGGGCCCUUGAGCGAGGCCCUUAACCCUCAAUUGCUCAGACAGUAUACUCUCACAGUACUGUAAGUCGCUCUGGAUAAAAAAGCAUCCACUAAACGCUGAACAUGAAAACGUAAAUGGAAUGAAUCAACAUCAAAACAUCAUUUCAGUCAGCGCCCUGCCGUACUAUUACAAAUGCUGCCAUCUUUAGACCAAUUGGGCACAAAUUCCCACACACAGAGAGACCUCGAAGUCUGGUGAGAAGCUCCUCAGAGGAGCGGCUGUUUGUUCUAGAUGAAAAGGUCACACAGAUGGUCAGACUAGUUUAUUUUAAUAAAGGUUGUUUUUUAAACCCGACGUCCGACAAGCGUACGGUCAGGCGUCCAAAUACUUUUGACCACGUGGUGUUUGUGUUAGAAUUUACUGAUUAAAAGUGAGGAUUCUUUAUGAAACGUGAAACGUUAUGGCCCUCAGAAUUCGGAGUGUAAUUCUCAGAGUAAAGCACACGGCCAAAACAACAGCGGUUGUUAUUGCGCAAUAUCAGAUGAUGUCACGGCAGGUGUUAUUGUUUUUGUUUGUUUGUUUGUUUGUUUAUAUGAAACAAACUCGUGGAUCUGACGAAGCGUGUCGGGUUUCUCUGAUGGACUGAUUUACGUUCCAUGAUUAACGGUUAACGUUUGUCGUGUCUGAUAUUUAGCGUUUAUUUUUUUUUUUCUCCACUUCACCACUAGGUGGCGCUUUUACAUGUUCAGUUUUCAUGGUGCGGUCGGCAAAAUGAACAUCGAACGACGAUCACAUGACUCAGCGUCGUGCAACGUAAGAGUCAGUCUAGCGCUAAGUAGCCGAAUAGCGAACCUGGAACCUUCCUUCAGUGCAAGUUAGCCGAAUGUCAGCAAGUUAGCCUGUUAGCUAAGGGUAAGCUAGCCUAAUGUGCAAAUUAGUCUAAUGUUAGCAGGUUAGCCUGAUGUGCAAGUUAGCCUAAUUCUUUAACAUCGUAGCCAUUACGUGUAGCUAGGUUGGCUUGGCUAGCUGUAACAUGGAUAGAUAUGCCGCGUAAACGAUGUGAACAUAUGAUGUUAAAAAAAUAAAAGCUAACCUGAUGUUAAAGCUAGCAGACGUGUGUUUUGCUUAUACGAGAGAUGACGUGCUAAUAUCGCAAGUUUCGCUUGGUAGGUCUUAGCUACAGUAUAUGAAAUUAUAUCCGCAAGCACAAGUCAGCGUGUUGUUGGGUGUUAAUGCUAACAUACCACGGUUAUGUUAUGUAGCUAGACAGGCCUGGUCGCCGUGCUAAAUAGGUACGACGUCGUAUUAUUAUAACGUCAGAUAGCCGCAGCUAGGAAGUUGCGUGAGCUACGAUUAGUUACAUCAUUAUAGCUCGGAAAUAAAAGCAAUAAAACGUCGUCUUAUCUAGUCUGAGAUGAACGCAUUACAUUUUAAAUAAGCUCCGCCCUCAUUGACCCAGAACGCGGCGGUGCAAAAUUCGUACCGUAACGAUUUUAUUUAUGAAGCAAAAACACACAAGAAUGAAAAAGAGAAAAUGGGAGCGACUGAAGCGUCGCCUCAAUCACAUCACCUCACCGCUAAUUCAUUAAUCACGUGAGGAAGCGAAAGUAUUUGGUACGUCGUUAAACGCGAGCGCGAGUCGACGCUGAAACUCGUCAGCUGUUGUUUUUUAUUAUUAAUUUUUUCUUGAAUGAUUUGCAUGAUGGGAAAUUCUGAACCAGCGAAGCUGCCUUCAGUCGAGGGAAUAAACCGGUGUCGUUGUGUACGGUACCGUUACUGUAAAUAUGUGUACAAAUAAAAUCUGACGGUUUUAAUGAUGGUUUUAUUUUUGUUUGAUGUUUGAGUGAUUUUAUAACCGACUUUAUUUAUCAGCGUCUAAAAAUAAAUCAUAAAAAAUAAUAAUAAACAACAAAGACUUUUAUUCUA